GUCGUUUUUGUGUAGAUAGCCUGUAAUUCAUACUGGCCAUUUUAUGUCACCAGCUGGUUUCCCUACAACAAUACUUCCUGACCAUCUGUUAACUCGAAUUUAAUAAUGUCAAGAAAACAUUUUGCUUCUAAAGAAAAAGUAUUUUUUCUCUAAGAAAUUUUACUCCUACAGUUGUUUAACCUGUUGAAAGAGUUCCAAGCCCAAUUUGAUUCUCCGUUUCGGCUUUCUGAAGCGACUAGAUGGUGUGAAAGCUAUUUUAAGCGUGAAGGUGGCAAUAUUGAAGCUGUUGGUGUGUUUUUGGACUUCAUCUUGAGCUUGGGUUUCAUAUAUUUGGUUGACCAAAAUAUUUUUUUCUCUAGAUACUGCUUCAAUGUGGAAAAAAUUAACGAGUUCUUUUGUACUUUUUCGGAAUCGAUAGAUGUUAAACAUACGGAAGGUAAAAGUGGGCAGAAAAAUUGUCAGAUGUCGCGUAAUCAGUUUCCUGGAGGUUCCCAAGAAGAGGUUUCGGCUAAAUUCUUUAAGGAGCUUGAAGCUGGCUGUCAUGAAUCGGUUUUAACUAAUGCAAGGUCUCAUCUGUGGUUUGAAGAAAUAAUUACACGUUUGUCUUGCCUAAUGGAAACGGAUAGAGAUGAACUUGUCUCGCUUAUGCAACCACCUGAAUCUGAUUCAUUUGUCCCCUCAAAUCCAGAGUAUAACAGCUUUUUAACGGAUAUGGGUACUGCAGCUUAUAAAAACAGUCUAGCUUCAGAGAACUGGAAUAGUUGUUUAAAGAAUUCAACUGGUGAACUAGUCGAUCUGGUUGCUAUUGCUUGUCUGGAUGCACUGUCCAAAUGGCCUGAUAAUAUUGCUCAUCAACCUGAGGUCUGUGAAAAGAACUGCCUACCAAGCUCACUUUUGUCUAUUUCAAUCUCCUAUUUGAGAAAUUUUCAAUCUUGUUGCAUUCCAAAGGCUACCCAACUACUUUUGGAUUUUAUUUUCCGUGGUUGGCCGAAUGCAGGGCUUUUGGCAACUAUGAACGAUCUUCUUACGUUUUGGAUGAAUCCUACCCCAAGUAGCGAGAAUAAUUUGAAUCCAUUUGAAAAGACUCAUUUUCAGGGUUUACUGAGUCCAAAUGGUAACAAAACCGACUGCCAGAAUCCUACACUUCCUCCCUUAGCCAUACCUUUAAGAAGCAGGAAUGUUCCGCCAAUAAAUGCUCGUGGACGAUCAACACCUUUCACUGCAUUUGUGCCUUCUGACAGUAAUUCAUUAGGUGAAUACCAGCCUAUCUCACCAAUUGUUCAUUUUCGAAGAACCCGUACUAGAAUUUCUGAUCCUGAACGUAAAUUUGAAAAUGUAAAAGGUGGCACCCCAAUUCAGAAUGGUAAAUCACCUAGAAGACAUAGCGGUUCACAGUUAUUACCUGAUGAAUCAUGUUACUUAGACGAAUCGAUAGCGAACAGUUAUCCCACAGUUUCAAAUAAGUUGGCUGUUCCUUCACGUCCAGUAUACUCAAAAUGUGUUUCAUAUUAUCUCUCUCGUCGAUCAUCAGUUGAAAAGAUCAUCAAAUAUCGUUGGCCUAUUAUGAAUAGUUACGACUUAGCUCUUGCUUGUCAGUUGGCGUUGCUUUUCUUGCCUCCCGUAAUUUUUUCCCGGUUAAGAAUGAUGACUGAUAUUCUGCGUCGAGUUUUAUCAAAUCAUGAACAUCUGGCCGUAUGGUUCGUGAACAGCGUUUCGCCUGAAGAUUUUGAUGAUAAUCCAGAAAGCGUGUUAACAUCUGACAAUUCAUCAUCAUUAGAAAACACAAUGCACGUGAUUGUCAAAAUGUUUGGUUCACUGCUUCUACGUGUAUCAAAUGAUUCCAGUAUUGAAGACUCUCUCAGCACAGCAUCUUCACGUAUCCGUUGGCGGGAAUGUCUUCUUUGUCUUCUGCUCUGCGAUUCUGAAAACUUUUUAUUAACGCCCCCUGCUAGUCUACUGUCUUAUCUACGACGUGUAACCAACAAUAUGGGAAGUAACAAUGUAGAAGCGGGAGAAGUAAAUUUGGAAGAUCUAAUUGGAGUGUUUAGUUCAAGUUCGCGUACUGUGAGUAAGUCACUCAACAUUCAUAGUCGAUUGGUCCAUCGACCAUCAGAAUAUGCUUCUUUACCAGCCUGUGUUCCAUCGAUCAGAUCAGCAUCAAAUGCUGCUUUCAAUUUCAGAAGAUUAAAUUCACUCAAUUCUGGGGAUGAUUCACUUGAAUUUGCAUCGAAUCCUUCUAGAAGCUGUAGAAACGGCAGUCUUGAAAGCUCUCCAAGUCGUAUGGAAACUGAAAGUUGCCGGCGUAAUUUUUGUCAUGAUAACGUCAACAGUGACAAUCUGAGUAAAAGAUCACGUUCUGUACAUUGCAUUUGUGGGGAAUCCCCGAGUCAUUUUGCACGUUCUGGACACGUAAGUGCAGAAAAUUCCAUAGCCAGUUCAACUUCAAGCAUAUCUUUCAGUCUGAUCUAGAUCCAAAACGAUUGGCUUUAUUGGGCAAUACGGCUCACUUGAUUAAACUAUUAAAUCAAAUUAUUGAUGACCGUGAUAUGAAUCCACGCAGAAAAAUGAAAUGCCUUCAGGAUUUUCGCAAAUCUCAUCCAGACGUGUUUUGGCUGCGUUUCGGUAGUGAAGAAACAGCAUCGAAAUACUUAUCUCGUCUACAACGUCGUAUUGACUCGCAAACUUAUCCUAGUGUGUUUGAGCGAAUUACAAACGUACUGCGUCGUCUGCGUUUAAGUCCUGUCAAACAACAGGAUUCACAACAAAACAAUCCUGGGCAUUAAUACUUCGGUAACUUGCUCAACAAACUACAUUACUAAUUAGAUUACUAUUAUUUUUUUAAUAAAAGAUCGUAUCUAUUCAUUUAAUAUUUUGAUUCAGAUAAAUACAUCAGUUUAUUAUUUUA